ACCUUCUGCCUUUUUUUUUUUUUUUUUUUUUAUCUUCUUGGGCUUUCCUUUUUUAACGGGUUGUUCUGGGGGCAUGAUGUUGUUAGCCUUCGGAUGGGAUCAGCAAGGUGGUGUUUGGAGGUCCAAGUGACUGCAGAGAAAUCUGAGAAUUUGAACAAAAGGAAGUCUUGUUCUGCCUACAAGUUGAAAGAAAUCACCGGUAGUGGGAUUUUUGCUGCCAAUGGGGAAGAUGAUUUAUUGGAGCCUGGAAGUGCCAACCCUGCUUCAAAUAACAAAACAGGAUUAAAGAUGUACCAGUGCAAUGCAGGUCCUCCACAAUAUUGCGGUCGCUGAAUACUUUCGUGAUGGCUGUUCAGAUCCAAGAAGAUUGCUUGAAGUACUUAAUAACGUCAAUGUGUGGCAGUCCUUCAAACACACUCUCUUCAGAAUAUGCGAUCUACUCUAAGCUAUUGAGUUUUCAAUCAGUCUUGAUAUGUUGUGUUGAACACAGUGGGAGUAGGCGAGAGGGAAACACUGAUAGUUGCUUCUAAAUUAUCAUCUAGACAUCGAUGAAGGAGGUGAAUUACUUUGAACUUUGUCAUUCGUGUGGCAAAUGUUGAUGAAUGUAUUUCAUUUAUAUAUCAUUAUAAUAUUUUGAUGUUAUUAA